AUGUACUUACCAACUUUUCUCCGACCUCGAGCUGCCCCACCCUCGACCGUCUGCCCAUCAGCUGAUGACGUGCUGGAGGCAGCUAUCUGCCCACCAGCUGAUGACGUGCUGGAGGCAGCUAUAUGCCCACCAGCUGACGACAUGCUGGAGGCAGCUAUCUGCCCACCAACUGAUGACAUGCUGGAGGCAACUAUCUGCCCACCAGCUGAUGACGUGCUGGAGACAGCUAUCUGCCCACCAACUGAUGACGUGCUGGAGGCAACUAUCUGCCCACCAGCUGAUGACGUUCUGGAGACAGCUAUCUGCCCACCAGCCGAUGACGUGCUGGAGACAGCUAUCUGCCCACCAGCUGAUGACAUUCUGGGGGCAGAGGCAGCAGAGUAG